GGGUUGACCAAUUGUGUACCGAGAUACACCACCUACCUGUUUGAUCCCAUAGUAGCCGUCACUCUCUGCUUCCUUCUCACUCAUCCGAUCCUCGCCAGCGUCCUCGUCAUGCUCAGUCGAAGCUGAGUAUACUUGAUAGCGGCUCUGAAGCUAGACUGUAGGCAAACAAACAAACAAAAAAAAACCCUGCUGAGGGCGUGGUAUCCUGGCGUCGAUUGCGCAGCAUAUCGCCGCAAUGGCCAAUCGCACUUUUGACAAGUUCUUUGACCUCCCAGUCGAGAUCCGAGACCAAAUCAUCUCGUACCUCUGCCUGCUCCCGAACCCGAUCCAAAUCGGCCCCACCGAGAGCUCGGAGAUCCCCUUCCCGCACGACCUGCUGCUCUCCCACCCGCUCCUCUACGCCGCCGGCUCCGCCGUCUUCUACGAGCGUAACCGCUUCGUCCUCAACCUCCAGACCGGGUCCCGUGCCACCGUCGAGCGCGCCAUCUGCGACGGCAGCGUGUCAUGGCUCCUGGGCAACGUCUGGGCCCGCCGUCGCCUCCGGCACCUCGAGCUCUCGCCGGGCCGCCUGGGCAACGUCUUCCAGGCCCACGUCUCGCCGGCCGUAGCGGAUAUGAUCCUCAACGGCGCCUUGCGCCACCUGAGGCUCGUGCUGUACCCGACGAGCGCCGACAAGGUGGUCUUCAACCAGGCCGCCGCCGACGCUCAGUCGAGGAGGGCCGCCAUCACGCGGCGCGACGACGCCUUUGCCCAUUCCCAGCCGUUCAAGGCGCUGUUGCGGUUGCUGGCUGAUCCCGACCUGGAGACAGCCGAGCUUUACGUCGACCCCAUCCACCGCGACUUUUGGUGUGAGUUCCACGAGGGCGUGGCGUGUUGCAAGGGGCACCGGAAGGGGCCCUGGCAGCUCAUACCGAUCGACUGGAGGAGGCUGGCUGCCACUUACGCUCAGGAUCAUGAGCUCAGUAUUGUCCGGGUGGGCUGCUGAGUCCUCGGUGGGAUCGGGCCCGGUGCCUUUCCCAUGUCGCUGAUGAAAAUGACUUCAGAAGAAGUUGGAAGCCAUUGGCAUACCAACGACUAGCCCCUCUCGACGGAUUCUCGUCUCUCCCUGCAGAGUCCGAGGGUAUGAUGAACACCAAGGGAGCAGCCAGAGGCUUGUCGUACCGGUUUCGACGUAGCGUGGCAACUCACUAAAAACCUCCGACGAUAAGUACCGGCCUUUGAGACGUUGGAGUUCUCGAGGCGAUCCGCAGCGCGAACCUCUAGGGUGCUAUGAUGGUCUGGUGUGAUGGGUCUUGCCCAUCUGCUUUGGAUGUGUCAAACUGGGAACCAACGCGUAGACACUCAACUAUGCCUCGGCUCUAUCCACAGCGACUUGGUUGAGCCUUUCAUCAAUACUUACCAAGUUAUCUGAGUCAACUCUAAUUUCCU